AUGAAUUAAGAUCAAAAAUCGUUCUUUGAUUUCACAUCACCCUUUGAGUUGAAAAGACCCAUCGAAAUAUUUUCAAAAUCCUUAAAGGAUCAAUUCUACGUACUCAAAAAUGAGAAGUUCAAGCUAAAGACUCUAGUGCUACAACGAAAUUACUUGAUCAAAUUUAGUACUAAUAAAACAACUCAAAAGUAUUACAAUAUAACGAAUGCCUUGCUUGAAUACGUGAACCAUCCUCAAAUGGGAAAAGGAAUUUCAAUAACGAAAAACGGAGCAAAUUUCACAUUUUAUGGAAUCGCCGACCAUUGGUUCUCCAGUAUGAAAAAAUGGUGUGUGUAACCAAACUUUUAGAAGGAGUACUGCAUGAUUAAACUAGUUGGAAAGGGUAGUUUUGGGAAGGUUUAUAAAAUUUAAAGUUUACGAGAUAAAAAAGAUUAUGCUGUGAAGCUAUUUGAUAAAACCACAUUCAAAACCUAAGAUCGACAAGCUUUGCUUAAGGAAAUUGAAUUAAUGAGAAUAAUGAACCAUGAAAAUGUAGUUUCAAUUCUUGAAACCUAUGAAAACGAACAAUAUAUAUUUUUGAUUCAAUAGCUGUUCAAUGGAGGGGAGCUUCAUUAAGAAUUGAAGAAGACUCGAACCUUUUCAGAGUAUGGAGCUUUCAUAGUGAUUCAAUAAGUGAUAGAAGCCUUGAACUACAUACAUUCUCAUGGGAUUAUUCAUAGAGACAUAAAGCCCGAAAACAUCAUUCUGAGAGAGCAAGGAAUGAUAGAAUAGGUGGUAUUAGCUGAUUUUGGAUUGGCUGAUUACUUCAGAAAGGAUUGCAAGUACAUGUUUACAAGAUGCGGUACUCCCGGAUUUGUUGCACCGGAAUUAUUGCAAGAUAAAAUUUAUGAUUAUAAAGUUGAUAUCUAUAGUUGUGGAAUACUGUUCUACUACUUGUUAGUAGGUAAAGGACCAUUCGAUUCAAAUAAUUAUGAUUAAACAGUUAUGGCCAAUUUUAAUGGAUGGGUAGAUUUAACUAAAUUUCAAUUUACUAUUGAAUGUCUUGAUUUAUUAAGAGGAAUGUUAGAUCCAAACCCUAUUAAGAGAUAUUCUAUAGAUCAAAUUAAAUAAAGUUCGUUCUUUAGAAAACAUAUAACAGUUUUCUAACAAUACGGAAGUUAGAGUAGUUUGGGCAGCAUUCCUUCUCAAGGGGAUUCCCGAACAACUUCACCUUUAUAAAGUCCAAAAUUAGAGCUUAAAUCACCUCAAGAUCAAAAGAGUAGAUUUGUAUAAUCAUGUGUCUCCCCUUUGUAAUCACCCUCUAGAAUUAACGCCGCUAAUUUCUCUCCUUUAUAAGGUCCAUUUGGGAAGCCCCAAAAUUUACAAAGAAUACCUAUACAAAUUUGA